AUGUCGUGGCAUGUUCAAGCACCUCUCAAUUUGUACGCCUUCUAUUGCAUUGUUUUUCUCUCUCCAAAAGCUAUGAACACAUUCAGGUUUCACUUUUGGUUUUUUUUCUUUUUGAGAUCAAAUGGAAUUCUUUGCAGGUGGCAUUUGUUCGCAUAUCAGGUUUCAUCUACAUUCCUGGACUUUACAUUCUCAAUGGGAUUGACUCCAGUCGUGAUACCGGCAAUGACGUUUGGAUACUCGGUGGGAUUGUAUCGGAACUUUAUGAGCACUCACACAAUGGUCACAUUAUCAUUGGUUUGUAUGACUGCAUCCGCGAUUACGAUUGUCGAAAUAUUUUUCUGGAGAUGGCAGACUAUCAUUUUACCUAACUCGAGGUAAGAUUAUAAGUCUUCGACUAUCCACAGCAGAGAUGAGCGGAAGAACUCAACGGAAGAACACGGAAGAAUUUUUAUAUUUUUUUAGAAAAUUUUUUCAUGGAAUGUGAUCAACUGACCAAAUGUAUAGAAAAGUGAACUCUGCUCAUAGAAAAAUAAUUGUAAAUUUAGCUUUUCAUACAAAAAAGUUAUUCGAGUUGUUCCGUGAAAAUGUCCUUCCGUCUUCCGUUAGCCCUUUUAACUUUUUUGUAUGAAAAGCUAAAUUUACAAUUAUUUUUUUAUGAGCAGAGUUUACUUUGCUAUACAUUUCGUCAGUUGAUCACAUUUCAUGAAAACAUUUUCUAAAAAAGAUAAAAAUUCCUCCGUGUUCUUCCGUUGAGUUCUUCCGCUCAACUCUGAUCCACAGUAAUCCCCAUUACAGUCUAAAACUGAAACCUAUGGUCUACAACGCUAUCUGGCUGGCAAUAUCAUCCGCAUUAUGCGCAAGUCUUGUGUUUAUUCAUUUUGCCCUGGAAACAGAUCAAGCCGCUAUGAAGGCGAAAAUGCGUCAAAUUUACUCUUGCUCUGAUUUUCUGUUCGCACAGCCUAGCGGCUUCAUUUGUGAGCCUAAAAAGUAUCUUUGGGUGGUACUGUACGGGAUUAUUUCGUGUUUGGCCGGAGGCUCCUGCAUGGUGCUCUUUUUGUAUCAAUCUCUGAUGGCUGUUAAUGAAAUGGCUGCUAAACGCAGUGUCUCCGCUAAAAAUGUUCAGAAAAAACUUCUCCUGCUUCUUUGCGCUCAGGUUUGACACAUUUCUCAUAUAUUCCAAAAAAAGGGACACUUUUACAGUUGCUUUUCCCAUUGACAGCGUAUGCCAUAGGUGGUUCCACUAUUAUUAUCAGUUUAUCACUUCAACUUGUUUGGAUGCAAGGUAAAACUCAAAAUUCUCUCGGAAACAGUCAGAAAAACAUGUUUUCCAGAAGCCUUCAACUUUGCUUUUUUCAUUUUCUCAAAUUACGGACUAGCUGCGUCAAUUUGUCUCAUCUUUUGCAACGAACCGUAUAGGAAUAACACGAAACGAUUAUUUUGCUGUGGUAAGCACAUUUUUGCUCAAGUUUAUAUAAAAAUGAGAUUUUUCAGAGUUUUUUAACAAAAAAAUGAUUCUGGCACUGUUGUACUUCAUAAAAAGUGGGAAAGUGAGAGGUCUGAAGAGAAAACUGUUUUUGCAGGUUUGAAAGCACGGAAAACGAAAGAUCUCACCAACAUCAUCAAAGUCAGCGAUCGGAGCGCUGUUAUUAGUUGA